GCUGCUCUUGAUGCUGUCCGCGCGUGGGGCUGUCCACAAGGCGGUGAUGCCGCUGUCGCACAAGGGCAUCGGACAGGCCUGUGAGGACCACUCCGAGUGCCAGAGCGGCUGCUGCGUCACCAACAGCCUGAACCCGCAGAAGUUCUGCACCCCCCAGACCGUCUUCCUGCAGUGCCUGUCCUGGAGAAAGCCCAACGGGUACAACUGCUCCGGCCACUCUGAGUGCCGGAGCGGCUGCUGCGUCAGGACUGACAGUGCCCCGCAGACCUACUGCCAGUCCAAGACCAUCUUCCUGCAGUGCAUGCCCUGGCGCAAGCCCCACGGACACCAGUGCACAGAGCACCGCGGGUGCUCCUGCCGUUUGGCCGAGGCCAGCCCCUACCGCUGCAUCCCCCGGAGCGGGAUCCUGGCCCUCUGUCUGCCUCUGUGACACAGACACGCGUGUGCACUGAAGAGCGUGCCGGACCUGAACCUCGCCGGGCCAGCGCUUUGCUCAUGUGGCCCCUCCAGGAGGGGACACUUGACGUCUACAGCAGUCAGGGACACUGUCACUUCCUCUUGACAACCCACUUCUCGAGGCCAGCAACGCAGUGUCUGUGGGCUCAUCACAGCUGCGGGGCUGGCCUUGACUACUGAGCGUGAGUAAAUGAAUGCUGUGAUGGGUGAGGCUCACUUACCGCCGUUUCCAAGUGGGACAACAGCACCUGGUGGGGCUGACUCUGGGGAGGAAGGUGAGAGAGGCCCAGGUAUUCGAGUCCCGAGAGGAAGGUGCGGGAGGAGUGGGGACUGGUGCGGCAGUCCACGGCAGGGCAGCCUCUCUCUCUCCCGUGCGGACAUGUACGGUCUGGCAAGAGCCGGAAAAGAAAAAGAAAAAGGGGCCUGCAGGUGGUGUGGUGGUUAGG